CGGCUUACGCGCAGGGUGCGGCGCCCCCAUAAAUACCAAACAUACUGCACAAACAAUACACAUGAGAUUAGUGACGGAUUCUAGCUUUGUUGCAGAAACCGCAAAAUACCCGGUCGCGACAAAAGACAAGAGCACCCCGAUUCAACCUUCCACACAUCGGCAAUUUCACCAUCAAGGUGCCAUUCAAGCAACCAGCUCUGCGCAUCAGCACCCGGCGUUGAGCAACACCUAUUAGACCCUCACUCCCAUCGGGGCCCUACCUCCAGCCCGUCCGCCUAACAGCGGGCUUCUCAGCGACGAUGUCGGCCAGCGCUCCGACCAAGGUUGGGGCGGGGCUGCUCAUCUGCUGCGAGGGCUCCUGCCUGCUGCUGCGCCGCAGCGAGUCCAGCGGCAACGGUGGCACCUGGGGGCUGCCGGGCGGCAACGCGGACGCGGCGGACGCGGGCGACCUGUUGGGUACGGCGCUGCGGGAGGCGCGCGAGGAGCUGGGGGAGCUGCCGCAGGGGCUGCAGGUGCUGGGGCAGGUGCUGACGCGGCGUGGCAAGAACCGCCAGAAGCACUUCACGGUCUUCCUGGCGUCCAUACCCGGCAGCAGCAGGGCGGGCUACGCGCCACAGCUGAACGAGGAGCACACCGACUGGCGCUGGCUGGACCUGGCCCACGCGGCCGCCCUGGGCGGCGGCGUCCACCCGCUCCUGCACGCAGCCAACACAGCAGCAGCAGCAGCAGCAGCAGCCGGGCACAGCGACAACGGCAACGGCGCUACUGCUGGCCUGCACCACCCGCACGGCCACCCGCACGGCCACCCGCACCACCAGCACCACGGCUCCGCCGCGGAUGCGAUGGCGGCGGAGCUGGCGGCGGGCGCGGUGGCGGCUGCGGGUCCGCCGCCCCCCGACAUGGCCCUGCACCCCGUGGUGCGCAUCCUGUUUGGCGGCGCGCACACCGACACGCUGGCGGCGAUGCUGCCGCCGUCCGUGGGGUCGCCGGUCAAGGCCGGGCCGGCGCCUCCAUCGUGAGAGUCAUGUUGGUGUGGAGGGUGUAGUGUGUGUGGUGCGUGUGUGUGCGGAGUGUGUGUCGGUGGAGGCGGGGGCGGGGGCGGGGGCUGGCUGGACAGGCGGCCUGUCGGUUGUGUGGGGGACGACGGCUUGGCGAUCUUCGCGGCGUGGGGUCACAGUCCACACGAACCCCAGGCGGCACCGGCCACCGGUACGGCUUUGGGUCGGCGCCAGCUCGGGCGAUUGACGGGCGCGCUGUGGGCGGGCUGGCGCUGCUGGCAGUGGGCGUUGGGCAGGCAGGAUUGAAGGGGCCGCGGGGUUAAGCAAAGCAAGGCAGAGUUUUGUAGGCUGUUUUGCAUGCAUGAGGAAAACGGAUAGAGGUAUGCUCCGAGCGUGCGUACAGGGCGCGUGCGAGUGUGCACAGACUUGUCUGUGGUGUGUGAGUGAUGGGGGUAGGCGGGGUAGGCGGGGUAGGCGGGAAGGAUUUGCUGCUUUGCAGUUGCUGGUGCAUUCAGUGUGGCACUCUGCCCCUACGCUGCAAUAAGAAUCUUUGCGGGACAAGACACAUGCUGACUACCAGGAGACUGCCCUGUGGGGUGAUACCGUGUGUGCGGCAGCAGGGCUACGUACGUGGCCGUGCGACGGGUCGCGGCAGGUCGCGCGGAAGGUCUGCUGGGAAGAGGUGGCAGGUGCAGCCGGUGGCGGCUGCGGCGGCGGCGGCGGCGGCGGCGGCCCGGGUCGCGGCUGGCGUGCGCGGCGUUGUAAGGGAGGUGACGAUGGGGCAGCAGGAGGGUGACGGUGGUGACGGCGGGCAUUUUGCCUGCCAGGCAGGAAGCGUGUGGCGCUGGGGAGGGCGAGGUUUGAUGGCGCGGGCGGCAGCCGCGGUCAGGCGGGCAUGAAGCGGAGCAGGUAGGACGAGGGGUUGGGCGCGCCGCGGGCGUGGAGCUGGCGGCGUACGUCGGGCUGCGAGCAGGUGGGCAGCUGUAUGUCGGCACAAGGCGGUGGCGUCAAGUCGUCAGCGGCGGUAGGUGGUGUGAUGGUGGAUGGAUGGCGGAGGGUGGAAGGCUGCGCAGGGCGAGAUGGGCAUGCGUUAGUUGCCGGGAGUUGGUGGGCGCUGUAGGGGCCGGGUUGUUCAGCAGCCGGGCGGGUAGCUACGGCGAUGUGCCGGGCGCGGAAGUGGAUGUGUACGUGCGACAGAUAGGCGGCGGGGCUUGUUGCGCGUGGCAAACAGGCGAUGGGGCUGCGAGAUAGCAGGCAAGUGGGCGCCUGCCUGCGGCGUGAGAGGCUGGCGUUGGGGCGUAGGGGGGUGGGGGGAUGGGGCUUUGGCGGUGGCCGGUAGUAGCGCUGCAUGCUGGUGCGUGGGGUCGGCACGGGACUGGUGCAAGCAUGGGGCGUCGGUAGGUGGUGCCGCCGGGGCCAGUGGACGGAAUAUCGGACGCUACCAGGCACUCCGUUGUGCGUACAUGACACCCGUGCUGACUAGCUUUGUGAGAAAGUACGCCAUUGCACGUUGCAGCCCGUGCGCCUGGCCGCCUGGGCCCGUCGGCACUGCAGGGCCGUACGGCUCUGGCCGUACGGUACGGUGCAACGCAUCCGCCCCGGCGCAUACAACUACAGGCGCUUGGGCCGCCAGCUCGUCAGUCCAGGCGACACGACGACAAAUAAAGGCCUGGAGGACUCCCCGCGACCCGUGUAAAUGCUUGCACCC